GAACUCAGGCCUCUACCUUAGAAUCUUCAGCAACGCUACUCUGCUGCAACUCAAAACCCUAAACCAACGGAGCAGCCGUAUUGAUCUGCCUGUUCCAAGGACAGGAAGCGCAUACGCAUUCAGUCCUCGCCAAACGCGCUCAACUCUCUACUCACCCGGUAAAAAAUACUUGUAUAAUCAAAAUUCAAUGUUUGCAUAUUUGCUAUUUCCAAGUAACCUGUCACCGGUCGUCGAUGGACUUCCGGUGCAAUUCACGUCGCUCAAGGGAUUCUCAGUCGACAAACUCUGCGCGGCAUCGUGCAUUGCUCGAACCCAAACUGGAGCUAGUUGAAAGAAAUCCGUUAAAGGACAGUAGUAACCCUGCACGGAGUUGGCGCCGUUGAGAGUCUAGUUGUUUUUAAAAAAGUUAGAAUCGUCCGGAACAAGUACUAACAGACUCCAUGAAUCUCUCAACGACGAUUGCUGAGAAGCUGCCGCUUCUGCUCCCUCCUCAUGCUCCUCUUACACUUAAAGGUGUGACCCAUUUUGGAUCUGUGUCAUUUUGGCACCAGAAGAGGAAACUGAGAUGUGGGUUUCGAAGGAACAUGGCUUGCCAUUUGAAAAUGGAAACGGUUGUCGAAAGUAAGUUUGGGAUAGUUCGCCCUGCAACCGGUGCUUAUGCCCAAGAGGCCAUUGAAGCUCUUAAAUCUGGGAAAGUUAUUGCAGUGCCUACAGAUACCCUUUAUGGAUUUGCUUGUGAUGCUUGUUCUUUAGAAGCAGUUAACCGGAUUUAUGAGAUAAAAGGUCGCAGGCUUACAAGUCCUCUUGCCAUAUGCGUUGGGGAUGUAUCAAACAUACAACGGUUUGCUGUCACAGAUCAUCUGCCUCAUGGUUUACUUGACUCUCUCCUUCCGGGACCUGUUACUGUCAUCCUGGAGCGAGGUGUUUCAAGUAUUCUUGAGAAGUCCUUGAACCUAGGAUUGGAUAGUAUAGGAGUACGAGUGCCUGACUCUGAUUUCAUCCGGAUUAUUUCACGGGGUUCAGGAAGUGCUUUGGCCCUUACAAGUGCAAACCUUAGUGGCCAGCCAAGUACUGUUUGCAUAAAAGAUUUUGAAAACCUUUGGGAGCACUGUGCCUAUAUUUAUGAUGGUGGUAUACUUCCGUCAGGUCGUGCAGGAUCAACAAUUGUGGAUCUUACCAGGAGAGGGACAUACAAGAUUGUCAGGGAUGGGAGUGCAAGAGAAGAGACUAUUGCAAUCCUGGAAAGACAUUCAUUACUAGAAGAAACUGCAGCUAGUUAAAGAAGAUAGAUCGAAAUGUCACUUCAUUCUUUUCACGAAGCCGAUGAUUCACUUAAACCCAGAAAGAAUCCUGCUUGUCCAAGUGGAAAUAUCACGGUUGAGGUGCCAUCUUAUCUCUAUCCACCAGAUUUUUUGUGUUCUUGAGCUUUCUGAAGAUAUUCCACUUCAUUGCCUGUAAUAUACUUAACCGAAUCUAGUUGAAGGACCGUUAAGAAUGCCACGAAUGUUUUCAAAUUCACCCAAGAGGAAUAUAACAGGCUUGGAGAGCAAGAUGUUAAAGAGCGUUGCCAGUUAGAAGUUGGUCUUUAUCACAUGGACCUUAUGAAAUAGUUCAUGAGCUGUCUCUUGCUUUGACUUUUCUCCCUUUCAAGAUAUUUGGCUCAUAAUUUUACAUGACUGACGGUGGAAAAGGUGAUUUAAAAGCUGUAGCAUUAUACUCGUGUAUGUUUAUUUUUAUGUGAAGACAAAUUUUCUAGACUG